AUCGAAAAAACGUUUUCAAAAAACGUAAAAGACACAUAUUCGUGAUCAACGUCAAAUUCUCUAUCGAAUAGGCUAAAAAAUACGGCAAUUUUUUUUUUCACUUUAACCGUGCUUUAUGUGCAUCUUAUAUCCAAAAUGGUUCUUACCAGCUUCUGAAAAUGUUGGCAUUAUUGAUGUUGCUGCUUGUGAAAAUUAAUCUUAAUAAUCUUUGCUCAUCAGUUUUUUGCUAAAAGUCGUUUUGCUCAAAUUAUUUUUGCUCAUAGUCAAGGUAUUUCUCUUUUUUAAUUUAAGGUUUUGAAAUUGUACGCGUGGGAAUCAGCAUUUAUUCGUCGUGUGCUUAAUAUACGCGAAAACGAAUUAAUUUAUAUGCGACAAAAAGCGAUUAUUGGAACUUCAUCGACAACACUAUGGUCCUUCAUACCAAUAUUAGUUUGUAUUGUAACAUUUGCAACAUAUAUAUUAUCUAGUCCGCAGAAUGUUUUAACAGCUGACAAAGCAUUCGUUUCAUUAGCCUUAUUUAAUUUACUUCGAACUCCGUUAAUCGUAUUUCCAAAUGUGAUUAAUAGUGUUGUUGAAGCGCGUGUAUCAAAUGAACGUAUCAAAAAAUUUCUUUCAAAUGAUGAAAUUGAUGGCGAUGCUGUUCAAAAAGGUCAAAUUAGGGAAGAUGAAACUGUUAUUAAAAUUGAUCACGGUUCGUUUCAAUGGGCAUCCAGUGAACACAAAUCAUUAAUACUGAAAAGGUUGCUUUUUACACUUGUGGCUCUUAUCGGCACAGUUGGUUCCGGAAAAUCAAGCAUUUUGUCAGCAUUACUUGGUGAAAUGACGAAAGUACAGGGACAAGUUACGGUUGGCGGGCGUAUGGCUUACGUGCCACAACAAGCAUGGAUAAUGAAUUCUACAUUACAACAGAAUAUCUUAUUUGGUAAAGAUUUAGAUCGAGAACAAUAUGAUCUUAUUAUUGAAGCAUGUGCAUUGAAACAGGAUCUCGAUAUGUUACUACAUGGUGAUCAAACAGAAAUUGGCGAGAAAGGUAUCAAUCUGUCUGGUGGGCAGAAACAAAGAGUGUCGCUGGCUCGUGCAAUUUAUAAUGAUGCCGAUAUUUACCUACUUGAUGAUCCGUUAAGUGCUGUUGAUGCGCAUGUUGGCGAACACAUUUUUAAAAAAGUUAUUGGACGAAAAGGAUUACUAAGUGGAAAAGUACGAAUUUUAUUUACAUAUUUUGAUUAUUAGUGAGGGCAAAAUCUCUUUCUGAUAGGUACAAAGUAUAUCUAACAGCCUAUGAGAUCAUUCCAUUUAACGUUACAUAAAUUUUGUAUGCAACAAAGGGCCGGGGUCAAUAAGAGGCAAAAUCAGCCCCCUCUCAGAUCAAGCUCAUAUUCAUAAGUCUGAUGUAGUUUUUCUCCGUAAUUAAAACUAGCACCUCCAUUUUCAUCCCCCCCCCUGAAAAAAAUUCCGCAUCUAAACUUUUCUCCCCUUAAUUGAACUUUAUUUAGAGUAUUUUCCUUAUUUCUUCCCUUUGCCCAAAGCAAACCUCAACUACUGUAUAUCAUUCGAU